AUGUUCUUAAUCACCAAUUCUUUACACACUGGCAACAUGCUGAGAUGCUCGUGGAGAACGGUUCAGCAGCAGCUUCGGAUGCGCCAGACGGUCGUGUUCAGUGCUCGUAUGCUUCACCAGCAAAAACAGACCGGUCCGUCGGACUUCCGCGCCCAGGUCGUGCCUGAAAUGGGCUCACCUAUUGGCCAGCCCCGGGACGAAGAGUUCGGCCGCACCACUGUUGUUGAAGACCUAGAGAUCACACAGCCCAAGGCCAAGGGCGAGAACAAGCUGCGUCACUUUACUGUCAACUUUGGUCCCCAGCAUCCCGCUGCGCACGGUGUGCUGCGCUUGAUUCUCGAGCUUAAUGGCGAGGAGAUCGUUCGUGCCGACCCCCAUAUUGGUUUGCUGCACCGCGGCACCGAAAAGCUCUGUGAGUACAAGACCUAUAACCAGGCUCUGCCCUACUUUGAUCGGUUGGACUACUGUUCGAUGAUGUGCAACGAGCAGGUGUUCUCGCUUGCCGUCGAGAAGCUGCUCAACAUCGAGGUGCCUCUCCGCGCCCAGUACAUCCGUACUCUGUUUGGUGAGCUCACCCGUAUUUCAAACCACCUCAUGUCGGUUACCUCCCACGCCAUGGAUUGCGGUGCCCUCACCCCUUUCCUGUGGAUGAUGGAGGAGCGUGAAAAAAUCAUGGAGUUCUACGAGCGUGUCUCCGGUGCUCGUAUGCAUGCUGCGUAUGUGCGCCCCGGCGGUGUUGCGCACGAUAUCCCCACUGGGUUGCUGGACGAUAUUUAUAUGUGGGCCACGCAGUUCGGUGACCGCGUCGACGAGGUCGAGGAGCUGCUCACCGAGAACCGCAUGUGGAAGCUUCGUACAAUCGACAUUGGCACCAUUUCCGCCGAAGAUGCUAUGAACUACUCUCUCACCGGUGUAAUGCUGCGUGGCUCCGGUAUCCCCUACGAUAUCCGUAAGAGCCAGCCUUACGACGCCUACGACAAGGUUGACUUUGACAUUGCUGUCGGCACUCGUGGUGAUUGUUACGACCGUUAUCUCAUCCGUAUGACCGAGUUCCGCCAGUCUUUGCGCAUCAUCGAGCAGUGCUGCAACCAGAUGCCCACUGGCCCCUAUAAAGUAGAGGAUUGGAAGAUUGUUCCUCCUCCUCGGUCGGAGAUGAAGGAGGACAUGGAGUCCCUCAUCCACCACUUCUUGUUCUACACCAAGGGUUACGCUGUUCCUCCUGGUGAGACAUAUACCGCCAUCGAGGCUCCCAAGGGCGAGAUGGGUGUUUACGUCGUCAGUGACGGCUCUGAGCGUCCGUACCGUGUCCGCAUCCGCACACCUGGUUUCACCAACUUGAACGCUUUGGACCACAUCACCCGUUAUCACUUCCUGCCCGAUCUAGUCGCUAUCAUCGGUACCAUGGAUCUGGUGUUCGGAGAGGUCGAUCGUUAA